AUGAAUCAGAGCAAAGAGGAAGUUGAGCCUUUUCAAUAUUCCUAUUAUGACUAUUCAGACUGGUACUCGAACAAUGCAGAGCCUACAAAACCACCCAAAGAAGUUAUUUUACCAUGUGACCCUACAGCAGAUGACAAGCUCUUCCAUAUAUGCAUAUUAUCGAUAUCACUGGUGAUCAUGUUCAUCCUGGCAGGUCUCACCAGGAAAAAUAAAUUCUGCCAGGGUUUCACAAGAGGAUCCUCAAGCAUCUUCAGUCCAGCCAACUUCCUGGAUCAGACUCAAAAAAAAGGAGUGGUUAUGGCUGUUUUUGGACUGGUGUUCAGCAAGCUGGCAAUGCUGGUGAUCGCCCCAGACCCUCUGCCUUUCUCCAAAGAUACUCCAGCAGAUAUUAAAGAGUACAUGAAGAUAAUCGCCAUAUUUUAUUACCCAAUCCUGUAUUAUCCUCUGUUGGUAUGUGGAACUCUGCAGCGCAAAGCAGGUUAUGUGUUUGGGACACUGCUCUCCUUCACUCAUUUUGGAGUCCUGGUGUGGCAGAAAUUUGACUGUCCAAAGACUCCAGAGAUCUAUAAAUACUAUGCUCUACUCGCAAGUCUGCCUCAGCUGGCCUGCCUUGCAUAUCUCUGCAUUCAGUUCCCUUUGCUGUUUGUGAAAGGACCAAAGACCGACGAGGUGAGAAAUUGCUCACAGGACCUUGACAGCAGCUACUACACCAACUAUGUGAAGUUACUUCUUAAGAAAAAGUCCUCAACUGUCAGUUCAUCAGCAUCUGACAAACCAGCGCUGGCAGAGCGAAUUCUGGAGGUGAUUAAGGGUUACAUUUAUAUUCCUGAAAAAGUGUUUCGUUUUCCACUGAAGCUGGCGGUAUCAUCUUUUGUUACCUGUGUGGCUAUAUAUCAUACUGCACUCUUGAUAGUUGUCCUGGUGGUGCCCACUCUCCACAUUGUUCGUGCUGGUAUUGAUGAAAAUAUCGCCUUCUUGUUACUGGGUUUUGGGAUUGUAUUAUCAGACGACAGGAUGGAGGUUGUUAGAAUUGUGACUUUUUACACAUGGCUGCUGGAAGUAUGCUACCUCUGUGCGAUGACCCUGUCUUGCUUGGUCAGCCUUAUUAUGCUCAUGAGGUCCAUGGUUCGCCACAGAUCAAACCUAAGAGGACUGUAUAAGGGAGACAUUUACAAGAUUUGCAACAGCCAAAAAACCAUGCGUCCGUCUAGACCUGGUGUUGUCUGUUGGAUGGGCUUGACAGGAUACCAGGCUGCAAUCGUCAGCCUUGGAAUGGCUAUCCAGACCAUUGUGUUUUUCAUCUGCUUCUUGUUCCUGGUGUUUUUGAUCAUUAUCCCAGUGUUUUAUGGCCGUAACAUCAUUGUCUUUGGAAUUGCAGGAAAGGCAUGGCCAGCCUGGCUCACGCUGAUACUGGUUACAGGGCUUCAGCAUGUGACUGCUAAGUUCGCUUUCAUCAAACAAAAAGCCAGCACAAGAGACCUGAACAACAGAGAGAGUCUGUUCCUCCUGACGUACCUGCUGUUCCUAAUCAACACUGUGGUGGGGCUGGUUGUUGCCAUAUGGAGAAUAGUAAUAACAGCUUUGUACAACAUCAUCCAUCUUGGUCGUAUUGACGUCAGUCUGCUGCAUCGCACAGCAGAGUCCUAUGACCCAGCCUACUGCUACUACACCCACUUCCUGAAGGUGGAGGUCAGUCAGUCACACCCGGUGAUGAAGGCUUUCUCUGGGCUGCUGCUGGACAUGAUGGUUGAGGGUGGGAGAGCUGGACAGAAAAUACGAGAUGCAGAGGAAGGGAUUCAGGAGAAUAAGCCAAACAAGGCGAACAGCAGUCAAAGGAUUCGCUCUCGCUGGCAGCUGAUGUACACACUGGUUAACAACCCCUCCCUGCUGGGCUCCAGGAAGCAUUUUCAGACUCUGCAGAACUCGGAGAACGUCCUGAAUGGCACCCCCAACCGAACCUCCAAAAAGGGCAGCAAGAUGGAGGCCAGCAAGCUGGGCGCAGAGCCAGCAGAGCCCACUGAGACCCCCGAAAGCCAAGAAAAAACAGAAUGAGUUUGAGUUGGCAAUAUAAUUCAAAAUUGUACUGGGUGUGAUCUGCAUUAAACAAACCUGCAUGUGCCAAA